AUGGCAUCAGGGAAUGAUUCACAAACAUCAAGAUUCCUUCUCCUGGGAUUCUCAGAGGACCCAGAGCUGCAGCCCCUUAUAUGUGGGCUCUUCCUCUCCAUGUACCUGGUCACUGUGGCUGGGAACCUGCUCAUCAUCCUGGCCAUCUUCUCAGACCCCCACCUCCACACACCCAUGUACUUCUUCCUCUCCAACCUGUCCUUGGUGGACAUCUGCUUUACCUCCACCACCGUCCCCAAGAUGCUGGUGAACAUCCAGACGCAGAGCAAAGCCAUCAGCUAUGCAGGCUGCAUCACCCAGAUGUUCUUCUUCCUGCUUUUUGCAGAGCUGGACAAUUUUCUCCUGGCCGUGAUGGCCUAUGACAGGUUUGUGGCCAUCUGUCACCCCCUGCACUACAUGGUCAUCAUGAACCCCCAGCUCUGUGUGCAGCUGGUCCUGGUGUGCUGGGUCAUCAGUGUCCAGCAUGCCUUGUUACAAAGCUUAAUGGUGCUGUGGCUGUCCUUCUGCGUGCCCCUGGAAAUCCAUCACUUUUUCUGUGAACUGAAUCAGGUGGCCCAACUUGCCUGCUCUGACACUUUUCUUAAUGACAUGGUCUUAUACUUCAUACCUGUGCUGCUGGCUGUUGGUUCACUGGCUGGGAUCCUGUGCUCCUACUCUAAGAUCAUCUCCUGCAUCCGAGCAAUCCCCUCAGCUCAGGGGAAGUAUAAAGCAUUCUCCACCUGUGCCUCUCACCUGUCCGUUGUCUCCUUAUUUUAUUGCACAGGUCUAGGUGUCUACCUCACUUCAGCUGUUACCCACAACUCACACUCAACUGCUAUGGCCUCGGUGAUGUACACUGUGGUCACCCCCAUGCUGAACCCCUUCAUCUACAGUCUGAGGAAUAAAGACAUAAAAAAGGCUCUGGAAACUAUACAAGAGUCCAUUGCUCUGGAGCUAAGGAAGCACUGA